GCCAGGAAGCGCCUGCGGCUCUCCGGCUGCCCGGCCCCUCUGCUGGUGACCGGGAGAAGUUAGUCACCCGGAGCUCGAACCCAGCGAGCGUCAGAGCGCUAAGAAGCCAGGGAAUGGGGAGGGAGGGAAACCGGUCCCCGGACGGCUGCGAGCGGGAAAGAGUUGUGCUGGGCGAGGGGGCGCACGGGAAGCUGCGAGCCGUUUGCUGGUGGAUGGAGUUGCAAGCUCUGCGAGGCCGGAGCCCACGGGCUUGCCAAGGGGAAAAAUUUGCGGCAGGAACUUCCUACCGAGGGACAGAAAAGCAGGAGAGAAGGAGGCAGGGAGAGACUUGAAACGUCUCAGUAACUUUAAAAACACACCAAAACACCCGUUCAGGAGAUGAGGAUGGCAUGCCGCUAUAAAUUCAUUGUUCCACCUCCUCGCAUCUUCACAGCGCUCGCGCUGCUCUCCGCGCUCUCAGCGGCCGACUGGGGAUGACGGCGGGCAGGAGGACACAGCAUCCGAAGGGACACGGACGCGCCGCUUCACUGGCUCCCCGCAGGCCGCCCCUGGCAUUUUUGUUUUAAUUUUUAUGGCCUUUUUUCCUCUCUUUCUUCCUUUCCUCCUGGUUCCAGUAGAGUCGAGGAAACCCACAAAAUAAGAAAGGAAGUGGGCUCCGGAGCUUGGAACCCCCUCCGCCGGCGGGUCCAGAGCGGCAAGGGGGCGGGUGGCAGCGCGCACUAGUUGCCUGCCUGGUGCGCGGCACCUUCCUUACUUUUCUUGGUGCAGCGAGAGCGGCUGCCUUUGGGGGUUGGAUUGGGGUUUUUCCCUUUUUCUCAUAUUUGCUGAAUCUCAACCACCCGGCUUUCCUCUUUUUCUUUUUUUCUUCUUUCCGGAGCACGAAUCCAAACAUUUUCCAAACCAACAAAGAAAAGUUCGCACGCUGGCACUGCGGCCAGGACAGGCUGGCGCUGCUGCCGGGUCCCCCUCCCUCCCUCCGACACUUGACUCAACCUUGCAAGCAAGUGUGUGUGUGCCCCCACCUCCCGCCCCGGUAACUUCCAUAGCGAAUAACAAAUACCCAUAAAGUCCCCGACGCGCAGCCCCUCCCCGCGGGCAGCGCACUAUGCUGCUCGGGUGGGCGUCCCUGCUGCUGUGCGCGCUCCGCCUGCCCUUGGUCGCCGCCGGCCCCGCCGCGGCACCUGCCCAGGAUAAAACCGGGCAGCCUCGGGCUGCUGCAGCGGCCGCCCAGCCCCGCCGGCGGCAGGGGGAGGAGGCGCAGGAGCGGGCCGAGCCUCCGGGCCACCCGCACCCCCUGGCGCCGCAGCGCAGGAGCAGCGGGCUGGUGCAGAACAUCGACCAGAUCUACUCGGGCGGCGGCAAGGUGGGCUACCUCGUCUACGCAGGCGGCCGGAGGUUCCUCCUGGACCUGGAGCGGGAUGGUUCGGUGGGCGCCGCUGGCUUUGUGCCCGCAGGAGGCGGGCCGAGCGCGACUCGGCGCCACCGGGGCCACUGCUUCUACCGGGGCACGGUGGACGGCAGCCCCCGCUCCCUGGCUGUCUUUGACCUCUGCGGUGGUCUCGACGGUUUCUUCGCAGUCAAGCACGCGCGUUACACCUUGAAGCCGCUGCUGCGCGGGCCCUGGGCCGAGACAGAGACCGGGCGCGUGUACGGGGACGGAUCCGCGCGGAUCCUGCACGUCUACACUCGCGAAGGCUUCAGCUUUGAGGCCCUACCGCCGCGCACCAGCUGCGAGACCCCCGCGUCGCCGCCAGGGUCCCGUGAGCGCCCCCCGGCGCACAGCAGCCCGGAGCCACGCUGGGCGCUGGCCCAGCAGUUCCCUGACCAGUCGGCUACCUCGUCCGAUGGGGGCCAGGGACCACAGACGUGGCGGCGGCGGCGCCGCUCCAUCUCCCGGGCCCGCCAGGUGGAGCUGCUCCUGGUGGCUGACGCGUCCAUGGCGCGGAUGUACGGCCGGGGCCUGCAGCACUACCUGCUGACCCUGGCCUCCAUCGCCAACCGGCUGUACAGCCACGCCAGCAUUGAGAACCACAUCCGCCUGGCCGUGGUGAAGAUGGUGGUACUGGGUGACAAGGACAAGAGCUUGGAGGUGAGCAAGAACGCGGCCACCACACUCAAGAACUUCUGCAAGUGGCAGCACCAGCACAACCAGCUGGGGGAUGACCAUGAGGAGCACUACGAUGCGGCCAUUCUGUUUACUCGAGAGGAUUUAUGUGGGCAUCAUUCAUGUGACACCCUGGGAAUGGCAGACGUUGGGACCAUAUGCGCUCCAGAGCGCAGCUGUGCUGUGAUUGAAGAUGAUGGCCUCCACGCAGCUUUCACCGUGGCUCACGAAAUUGGACAUCUACUUGGCCUUUCCCAUGACGAUUCCAAAUUCUGUGAAGAGAACUUCGGUUCGACAGAAGAGAAGCGCUUAAUGUCUUCCAUCCUAACCAGCAUUGACGCAUCCAAGCCGUGGUCCAAAUGCACCUCGGCCACCAUCACAGAAUUCCUGGAUGAUGGUCAUGGUAACUGUUUGCUAGACCUUCCACGAAAGCAGAUCCUGGGUCCUGAAGAACUCCCAGGUCAGACCUACGACGCCACCCAGCAGUGCAACCUGACGUUCGGGCCUGAGUACUCAGUGUGUCCCGGCAUGGACGUCUGCGCGCGCCUGUGGUGCGCCGUGGUGCGCCAGGGCCAGAUGGUGUGUCUGACCAAGAAGCUGCCAGCUGUGGAAGGGACACCAUGUGGCAAAGGGAGGAUUUGCCUGCAGGGCAAGUGUGUGGACAAAACCAAGAAAAAAUAUUAUUCAACAUCAAGCCAUGGCAACUGGGGGUCCUGGGGGUCCUGGGGCCAGUGUUCUCGCUCAUGUGGGGGAGGAGUUCAAUUUGCCUAUCGCCACUGCAAUAAUCCUGCUCCCAGAAACAAUGGCCGCUACUGCACAGGAAAGAGGGCCAUCUACCGAUCCUGCAGUGUCACACCCUGUCCGGCUAAUGGUAAAUCUUUUCGCCAUGAGCAGUGUGAGGCCAAAAAUGGCUAUCAGUCUGAUGCAAAAGGAGUCAAAACAUUUGUGGAAUGGGUUCCCAAAUAUGCAGGCGUCCUGCCGGGGGACGUGUGCAAGCUGACCUGCAGGGCAAAGGGCACCGGCUACUAUGUGGUGUUUUCUCCAAAGGUGACUGAUGGGACCGAAUGUAGGCCAUACAGUAAUUCCGUCUGCGUCCGGGGGAAGUGUGUGCGCACCGGCUGUGACGGCAUCAUUGGCUCAAAGCUGCAGUAUGACAAGUGCGGAGUUUGUGGAGGAGACAACUCCAGUUGUACAAAGGUUGUUGGAACCUUCAAUAAAAAAAGUAAGGGUUACACUGAUGUUGUGAGGAUCCCAGAAGGGGCAACCCACAUAAAAGUCCGACAAUUCAAAACCAAAGACCAGACUCGGUUCACUGCCUACUUAGCCCUUAAGAAGAAAAAUGGUGAGUACCUUAUCAAUGGAAAGUACAUGAUCUCCACUUCGGAAACCAUCAUUGACAUCAACGGAACAGUCAUGAACUACAGCGGAUGGAGCCACAGGGAUGAUUUCCUGCACGGGAUGGGCUACUCGGCCACGAAGGAAAUUCUAAUAGUGCAGAUUCUUGCAACAGACCCAACGAAAGCAUUAGAUGUCCGUUACAGUUUUUUCGUUCCCAAGAAGCCCACUCAAAAAGCAAACUCCGUCACUAGCCAUGGCAGCAAUAAAGUGGGAUCGCCAACUCCACAACUGCAAUGGGUGACGGGCCCGUGGCUCGCCUGCUCUAGGACCUGUGACACAGGCUGGCACACCAGGACGGUGCAGUGCCAGGAUGGAAACCGGAAGUUAGCCAAGGGAUGUCUUCUCUCUCAGAGGCCUUCUGCGUUUAAGCAAUGUUUGCUGAAGAAGUGUUAGCCUGUGGUUAUGAUCUUACACAGAGAAAACUGGAUGAUUCAUCGCUGGCCAGUCAUGAUGAAUGGUAGUGAUCAGUCGUGGUGAAUAAGAGGUCACAAAGCACAGAAAGUCACGCUUCGGCAUCAUUGUCAACAGGAGUCCAGUUAUGGGCAGAAUCUGCUCUCCGUGACCAAAUGAAGAUGUGCACUGUUUCAUGUGACAGUGGUGACCUUUGCAUAUAGAAAACUUGGGAGUUAUUGAACAUCACCUGGGCCUACAAGAAUGAAAAAAAAACACUGAUGAAUGUAGAAUCAGGGCACAUUUGAAGAUGGCAGAACAGCAGUCUCCCCCUUGUCACCUACCUCUUAGAGAAUGUCUUCAAAGACAUUGUAAUCAUUUUCACCCGUGAUGCACAGUAGCUUAUUUUUACUGUUUGUAAAUACAUUUUCCCUUGAUAUGUCACUUUAUAUCACUUGGUUCUAUUAAAAAAAAUAUAUAUGUAUAUAUAUAUUUCUAUAAAGAAGUGUUUGACCAAAGUAGGUCUGCAGCUAUUUCAACUUCUUCCAGUUUCCAGAAAGAGCUGUGGAUGUUUUACUGGAAAUUAAGAACUUGCUGCUGUUUUAAUAAGAUUUAGAAUACUUUCAGACUACAGGAGAUAAAAUUUUAGUCAAAAAACCAUUUUGACAGCAAGCAUCUUCUGAGAAAUUCUGAAAAGAAAAGUGAUCUCAGUGUCUCACCAUUGAAAUACAUACACGGGUCCACUUACUUAAACCUUUGACUGCCUGUAUUUUUUCAGGGAGCUAGCCAAAUUAAUGCCUAAUUAGGAUGUAGGAGCAGUGUCUGCGUGUGUGUAUGUUAUCAGUUUUCAAGAGUCUAAAAAUUAGUUUCCUCCUGUUAGAAAUUAAAAGGCCAAAAAAAAAAAACAAACCCAUACUUCACCAUAUUUUCAGGUUAUAUUUUCACAACUGCUUUUCCUUUCUAUGGCUCCCCUCUGAUAUCUCACAAUGUGUCAUAUACAGACAAAACACACAGCGAAAAGUUUUCUAUCCCCUUCAACACUGGUAUACCUCUUACCAGCAAGCCUUUAAAAUGUGUUUUGUUUUGCUUGUUUGUUUUGUUCAAGGGUUGUGUAAGACCUACAAUGUUUUGUUCUUCUCGCUGACUUAGUUUAAUAGGAAUAUUACAGAUCACUUGGUAGCUCGCCACAUCUAGACAUGGUUAUCAUUAAUGUGGCUAGUGCAAAAGAAAGUGGUUAAUAUUAAUAAGACUGUUUCCACACCCUAGAGGCAAUAACUCCUGCAUUGCUUUUUUGGUUUUUAAAUUCGAGUACACUAACACUGUACCUAAGAUUUUCCCCAAUUGGACCUCAUUUGGUCGUACCAGUAAGUGUUUGAAUGAUGAAAUGUGAUGAUUUUCGAGAAGUUCAUUGCUUUUAUUUCCAUAGCCUGUCUAGGUAGGUUGUAAGUUUGGAUAGUUAGACAUGGAAAAUUUAUACAGUCAUAUGCAUAAAAAUCUCUUUUUAGACAGUAAACUGCAUUCCUUCACCCCAUAACUCAGAAAAUCUAAGGUGUUUCAUUUCAUUGAGAUUUCUUUUUCUUUGUGAAAUAUCACAAAGCCAAUUGUUUUUAUAAAAUUUUUUAAUAAUCACACCAAAUGUGCCUAUUGUUAAAGAGUUGCAUAUAAAGAUGUUAGGGGACCGUUGUUUGAGUUUCCUUAAGCUCAUGAGAGUUUAUUUUUAUUAUAAGAUUUUUUUAAUAUAAAAGAAUUAUGUCAUUGAUGUUGCUAUAUCACUUUCAUUUCAGUGGGACAGGAGAAGGGAUGUCUCACUGUUUUAAGUAGUUUCUUAAGAAAUUAUUUGGUAAGACAAAUAAUUGUUUUACAAAACUGAUAAUCAUCCUUUGGAUUUUCGUAGACUGACUUUACUUUUGACAUAAUAAUUUUUCUUAAUAACUUAUCAUUUAGAGAAAUGAAGCCUGUAUAGGACUAGUAACCUACAGUUGAUGGAAGUCGCCAGAUAUCAGGGGCAGGGAGCAAAGAUAUCCACAUCAGUCAGAAAAGCUUUUAAAUCACACCAACCAUUUGACUAUGCAGAGAGAAUGAAUAGUGAGGCCCAACAUAACUUUUUCCAAUUUUUAAAAUAAUUUUAAUCAAGUAGCUGAACUAUACCAAAAUUUAUUUUGAUCUUUUGUGGUUAUAUUCACAGCAAUACUAAAAAAUAAUCAAAGAUCAAACAUGAUUGUCUGCUACUCUGCUUCUCUAUACUGUAUUCAUUCAUAGUUUUUUUAACAUGGUUUAUCAUGAUGCCUUUUUUCCCCAUAUUAUGAAGUGUUACACUUCUCUUUGAAACAAUCCUAGAGAGCAUAGAACAAAGAAACCACUAUUCCAUGCUUUUAAGGAGUUUUCUUUAGGUUUUGUGUAUCAGGAUCAAUAGAUUGACUGAGGAAUGUAUGUCAAAACUCCUGAGAAAAAUGAUAUAGACUGGAAGCUGAAAUUCAGAAAAAUGGAGUGUUCAGUAGAUAUAGAAAAUGAUAGGCAAAGGGAGAACCCUCUUUAACAAAAUCUAAUUCAGUCCACUUUGAUUUUGGACUAUACCAUUCACCUUUCCAUAGCUGCAUCUUGAAUAAAGAGUCUAGGAUUUAUGAUGCUAGGGACCACUUUCUCAAAAAAAAAAAAGAGUUUGUCUGAAAAUGCUCAGGUUAGUAACAAUCUAAUCUCACUCACAAAACUAAACACUCCAGAUUAAUUUUCAUUAAAUAUAAAGGGAGCCCGGAAGAAAUUAGCAUUGAUUUCUUCCAGAACAGAAAAGGUCAAAUUGAACCCCACCUUGUUAUUUAGAGGUUUAAGGAUAUUGUUUUAAUUUAUUUAUUCAACAAAUUCAACUUCCUUUGCCUUCCUGUGGAAACAGUUUUAUCCCAUUAAACUAAGAAUUAAGGGGUUAAUCACAAACAAAAAAAGUUGCAGCACUGAAAAAAAAGUAAUUUAUUGUUUUUGCAACUGGUAUGUGAAUUUGUGUGAUAAGAUUAUUUAUUCUUAUUUAACAAAACUAUGUGCAAAUUCUAUAUUUAAAAUGUUUUGCUGUUGUCCUACUUUUUAAUUUAUGCUUCAUGUUUGUGUAUAAAGUACACUUUGUGAGUUUACAUAAUAUACAGCACUGGUUGCUUUUGUAUUUUUUUAUCGAAAGCUUUCUGCGUGAAACAGGUGUAUCUGUAUAUAUUCCUCAUGUAUCCUUAUUCUGAUAAUACCAUUUUCCUUUCUAAGGAAAAGUUAAAUUUAAUCUUUCAUGACUAGUAGUGUUCAUUACUUGUAAUUACAUUAAUAGGUCUUUUGUGUCCUAUUAAUAUUAAUUUUCCCAAGUCACAGAUAAGAAAACUACUUAUUUUAGAAACUAAGGUCCAAGUUUUAAACUUGGGUAUGUACAUAGCCUGGAAGCUUCCCGUAGAAGCUAAGAUACAGUUAAGAAUCAGGUCCAUUCACUUCACUGAUAAACUUGGACAAGGAGAUGUUGAUGUAUAUGAAAGUUGGGUACACACAACCUCUGAGUGAUAUCAAUGAUAAUAAAACCAAAUAUUGUCUUUUGCUGCUUUAGAAACACUCCUUAGAAUUAAUAUCAUAUAGUCUCCAAUGUCUGUAGGAUUCUAUAGACGGCAGUAAACAAAUUGCAUUUAAAUGAUUCAAAUAUUAAUAGUCAUAACUCUUUCUAUAAAUUUGGGGUCUCCAUUGAUAGAGUGUGAGUUUUUACUGCUACUAAUGAAUCUCAUAGAGUGAUAAAAGGAAUUGGGACAGGCAGGGACACUUCUGAUCAUCUGUUUCCCUCUGAUUGUGAUUUCACAGCCUGGUCACAGCCACAAGGCAAAGUACCUUUGGACACAGGAUUGACCAGUUCAAUCUCUGGUUCUGACCUUUCUCCCAUUGACUCCUUUCUUAUUAACAAGGUCAUUGUAAUGGUUAAGGUGAGGAUGGCAGCCGGAUUCAAAGAAGUCCAGGACUUUUGCUAUGACUUAGUGUUCACUGUUUGUGAAAUAAGAUUGAAUUUAAUAAUGACGAAAUUUUGCUAACACUUUAUGGCUAAGUGUGAAAUCCCAUUGGCAUGAUUGGUGAAUAUUACUAACCUAUUUAUAAUUAAACUUGAGGUCAUAAAAAUACCUUAUAUUUUUUAACAUUUCAAAGCUACAAAACAAAUGAAUAACCAUGAGUAUAGGAAUGAUCAUCCAAAACUAUAGUAGAACCAAGUGCAAGGUCAAGGAGAUCUAUGAUUUAGUCACACAGAACAGGAGCUUGUAUGUUUCCUCUGUUAUUUUUCUCAUUUACCAACACCCUGUAGUUUUAGAUUGUCAAAUAGGUAGAUCAACUUAAUUGAUUAAUCCACUGAGAAAGCAAUCUUCCUAAUAGCUGGCAUGAACUACAGAAGUGACUUCUGAAGUUUUAUCGCCAUGAAACACAGCCUAUACGCAUAGUUACGUUCUUGUCAAUUAGUAUAUGAGAACAUAUUGAAAUAAGAGCCCACGUAUUAGUGAGACAAUAAAUGGAAAUAUCCAUGGUGUUUAGAUCAGAAAACCAUUCAGUUUGGCAAAUGUCUUUCUAGUGCCAUGACACCCUAAUUCUCAAUGCAGAUUUUAUGAAGGAAGUAAAGGAAUACAUUGUUGGAAGAUGUUGGUUUUAAAAGAGAAUAAGACUGAAAUGUACAUAUUAGUUAACUCAGCUAAUUGCACCCUCCUAAUAUACUAGCACUUAGCAAUAAGUUUGCUGUCUGUGCUCCUUGUCCCAGAGCUCCACCAACUGGUCCAUGUGGACUGCCAUAGGUCAAAUGAGAAAAAAACAGGUAAUAGCCCAUCAUCCUGUAAGGCACUGCCACAUCAGAGUGACCCAAAGUCUAACACUGUGAGGAAAACUGUGAUUUGUAAAUAAAACAGGGAAUUUUUUUUCAUUUUCCUUUGGCACAUCCAAUGAACAAUUGUCAUUUUUAUCGGGGUGCUAACAUCUCCAGUGAUCAAUUGUCAAAUGUCUUUCCAAGUUGCUAUUGUAUUCUACAAGAUUUUUCAAUUUCCAAGAAAGCUCAGUUUUUUGUCAAGACUGGACACAGCUUGAUAAAGUUUGGGAAAUUGCAUCUCGUGGUCACUCUGAUUGGCAGCGUUCAAUGACACGAGGUAUAGGAGCAUCGAGGAUGUUUAAGGUGACAUCAAAACUUGAAGAGUAUCCCGCUGGAAUAGCAGACUUUGAGAUGAGUCACGUUUCAUCACUUACUAAGCCGUCAGUGUUCUUUUCAAACAUUCCUUUCAAACAAACUUGUUUGUUUCCUAUACACAAACAAACUUUUGUGUAUAGUUGGCCUGACUUUUUAAGCUUUGCAAUAUUUUAUAUCCGUAGUAAACCUGUGGCUAUUAGUACAACUCGGACUUUUCUUUAACAAUUCACAACAUAUUAGAAACACUUCAGCUCAUACUGAGAGUUUAUUUAGAAGAGAAGAUCAGACUGUGUGUGACUUUGUGAGGCUAGACUUUAGAUUAAUGUAUAUUGUCUCUGGAUGGUAUGUUUCAUUACAUACUCAGGCAUGACAUACAUGUGGCAAUUGACAAAUACUGCUUACAUUUUAUGACGUAUUAGCCAGAGGAAAUCAUGCACAUGCUUUGUAAAUAGACCGCAGAUAACUAAACAGGUUACAGAAAUGUGUUCAAUUUGAUGUAAGCAGUGGCACAAAUAUUUGAUUUCUGUAUUAGAGUCUGUGAGUAAAGUCAAGUAAUAAACCCAAGUAGGUAUAACUGAGAUUUUUAAAUCUUGAAACAUGCUUUCAAAAUAGAGUAAAAUAUUGAAGAUUUACAUACUGUAUAUAAGCGGUAAACUAUAAGCUGCUUAUUACCCUCAAUUUUCCAAAAGUGAUGGUAUUUUUUCGGUAAAUAUAAUGCAAGUGAAAAACCAAAAAUGUUGGAAAACUAAGACAGGUCUUGUUUAAAAUGUCUCUUCAGCUUUGGCAAAUUUCAAACCUGGAUCAGCUAUUGAACGCAUUACUGUGUGUUGCAGCCCGCACUCCACAACAGCUCUGUUAUUCAGGUAAACCACUUGAACUGAGUUGUUUGGGACCUAUACUGUAAUAUGUUUCAUUGAGGAACAAUAUCUUAUUUUGUAAAGCAUUUCCCUAUGUGUGACUUUAAACUGUAACAUUAAACAUUGGCUUUGUGGUUUCAGCGGGAUAAUAAAUAUUAAUUGUAAACUAGGUAAAAGUAUGUACUGCAUAUAAUAUGUUUUAGAGUUGGAAACUAUUGUCCAUUUAUUUUUAAUUUUCUCAUAACGAAGGUAGGACCAAGCCAGGUCUUAAGGAUGCCCUAGGCUCUCUAUAAUUUCUACUAUCCUUCAUCCACUUCUGUAUAGACAAAUAAUACUUUCUCUAUCUUAGUUAAAGUACUAUGGAAGUAUUGCUUCAAGUCCUUACAAGGCUAUCACUCCGUGUGUUUGUCUAGUAUUGAAUUUCUGGUGUUAAAUUAGAAAGAGCCAGAAGCAUAAUCUACCUGUUACAUCUUUGCUUUUUUAAAGAUGCAUUUAUUUUAGAUACAAAAUUAGAGUCAAGAUAACAAUGCAUGCAUGGAAAUCCAAAAAGAAUUGACAUUCAUUAGCAAAAGUCUAAUUAUUUGCUAACAAAUUUAUGGUGUGAAGGCUCCUAUGGACAUCAAUUCCUUCUUAACCUGAAAUCAUUGCUUUUUAGUGUACACUGCAAACAUUGAAUUUCUCAUAUCAAAUAAUAUUUCAGAAUUGUACUUUAAACUUUUUCUUAGUAGGAUGUAUACUUUUUAAAGAAAUAAUUUAAAAAACCUAUACUUUUCAAAACAUGGUAUAGAAACAGACAUCAUAAUAUGGCUAAGAUUUGUUGAAUAUAUCUGGGUUGAGCCCCGUGGUAAAGACCUCGGAACUUUCUCUCACGUGUUUUUCUCCAUGACCCUUGUGACGUUGGUCUUAAGAUCUCAGCAUUACAGAUGACCAUCACAUCAUAAUAACUGUUAAUGGUCUUCUGGUUGUCACCAAGUGCUGGGCACUGUUAUAAGCACGUUAGAUAUUUACUGUCAAUUAUUGGCUUCUCUAAGCACAGAGAGUCUUAAAUCCUUAUGGACUGUGAGUCUGAGGGAGGGAGGGUACGGUGGAUGGAGGACUGUGUGAGAUGCGAAAUGGAAGGCAGUGUUUAGAUGCCCUAAUGGGUGGGCCCCCUGAGUAAAAGCAAGAGCCGCUCUAAAAUUCCAAUAAAAAUGGCAUGAAAACUGUAGAGAAUCAAGCAAGCAGCAAGAGUAGAGGCAAGAGCUUAGAGUGUACAAAGGACUGUUGUUUGAGGACAGAGAAUUUGACUUAGAAAAUUAGUAAAUUGCUGGGAAGGGUAAAAGAAAAAUGUGGUAUUUAACGUUACAAACUGCUUCACAGCUAAUAAUGAGCUGGUUCAGACAAGGUCAAAGGCAUAAAAGUGGCCUUCGGGGUAGCUUUUAGAUUAGAAAUAGAAUGAACAAAGAUGGUUAGAAAGGCUACUAAGUCCAAAGCAUCUUUAAUUCCUAGAUGCUGUGAGAAUCUUUCUUGCUAUAUUAUUAUCUGUUCAGUGAAACUCAUGUUUCCUCACAGAAUAAAUGAUUACAUCUUAAUGUAGACACAAGCAAAGGGGUGUAGCUCUGUUUUUCUCAGUUCCCUUCCAAGUCUAUCUCAUGGGUGAGAGAAUCAAAUUCCAGAAUGAUUAACCCCAGGGCAGUUCCCACGGACAGAGGAAGAUAAGAAGUUGUCCCAGGACCUUACUCCAACAUGAAUUCAUAAAAUUUGCUGUAAUAGAAAUUUGGCUUUCCAUUUCUAGCUGCCCUCAGUGUUUUGUCUCCCUAUUUCAGCCUCCAGUUGGGUUUGCCUUGAACUGGAGUUACAGACCUUUUAUUGUUGUUGCUUGUUAUUAAAAGCAUCUAAAUCUUGGAAAGCAGGAAAGUAUAUUUCUUAAUCACUUGUAAGUAGACUCAUUGCAAAAACAGUGACUGAACUAGUUUGAGAUUAGAAGAAAUCUUCAUCUACAAAAGUUUCGGGGACUAUUCUGCUCAUCUUCCAAAUGAGCCUGGUACUUACUAGACAUUGUGAGGAAUUUAUCCAGACUGUUUCUUUACUCUCCAACCCCUUUACUAUCUCUUGGCCUGUUCAAAGAUGUUUUCUCUUCAUCCUUGGAUCUUAGUUGUAUUGUUUUGGGCAGUUUCAAGAUGGGAGUUCAGACUUUAGAGCUGGAUAGGAUCAGGAAGAAGAUACAAAAGACACAAGAGCCUAUACGAGUGGAACCCUGAAGAAGUGCCUGGAGCUGUGACUGCUGUGGAUAUGUCAGACAGAAUGCUGGUGUACAGGAACAAGCGGUUGAUGUCUCUUCCUUCAAGAUUAUGCUCAGAAUAGCCACUUAGUAGCUCCAUCACUCCUACCACCCUAAUCCAAGCCACCAAUCUUUCUACCCUGAGCAACAGCAAAUGCCUCCUAAAGGGCUUCCUGCUUCCUUCCCCAGCCAGACUGAUCAUGGAAAACCAUCACUCGGAUCAUUUAGCCCCUUUGCUAAAAAUUCUCCAAUGCCUCCCUAUCUUACUCAAAGUAAAAACCAGUGUCCUUUCCAUGACCUUCACAGCUCCCCAGAUCUGGUUCCUGCCUCCUCUCUGACUUCCUCUCCUAUUUCUCUCCCCUGGGCCCACUGUUCCAGCUGCUUCACCUCCCUGCAGUUCCUCACUAUAACACGAACCCUAUCCGGAAUGCUUUGCCUCGAACAUUCUUUCCCAGAUAUGCACUUGCUUAUUCUCUCCUUUCCAGUCUCUGUUUAAAUGUUAUCCCUCAGAUAGGCCAUCCCUGAUCAUCCUAAAUCAAAUAAAACCAUUCCUCCUUCAUUUUUUCUCAUGGCGCUUAUC